UUUUCGCGCCGUAUGUUUAAAAGCCCCGUUCAACCAAUGAGCAUACAAACAACGCAUACAAACUUGAUAGAAACCAUACAACCAAUCACAGCGGCGUGUCUUUCUUUUGCCCUACAUUCAAAUGUAAAUGCUUAAAUCUGGCCAAUCCGCUGCUGUUGGGGAGGAGUUGUGGAAGUACGUGUAGUUAAGUUAGUUCGGCGUCGCAGGCAGUGACAAAACAGUCGAGCUUUUGUCUUCAUUCAGUCGUUCACAACUUGUCUUGCUGAGAGAAGAUCAAUCGCAGCCAUGACAAAGGACCCAAAUAAGCCAAGAGGCAAGACCUCCUCCUAUGCUUUCUUUGUUGCCACUUGCCGUGAAGAGCACAAAAAGAAGCACCCAGGGACCAGUGUAGGCUUUUCAGAGUUUUCCAAGAAAUGCUCCGAGAGAUGGCGGAACAUGUCUGCCAAGGAGAAGGUGAGGUUCGAGGACAUGGCCAAGACCGACAAGGUCCGCUAUGACCGAGAGAUGAAAACGUACGUCCCUCCUAGAGGUGCUCCGGGCAAGAAGAAGAAGGACCCUAAUGCACCCAAAAGGCCACCUUCCGCUUUCUUCGUCUUCUGCUCUGAUCACCGCCCCAGAAUCAAGGAGGAGAAUCCUGGUAUUUCAAUAGGUGACAUCGCCAAGAAGCUUGGAGAGUUUUGGUCUACACAGACUGCCAAAGACAAGGCACCCUAUGAGGCCAGGGCUGCCAAGCUGAAGGAAAAAUAUGAGAAGGAUGUUGCUGCCUACAAAGCCAAAUCGGGCUCAGCGAAGAGUGAUGCUGGUAAGAAGAGUGGCCCAGGCAGGCCCGCUGCCAAGAAAGCACAACCAGUUGACGACGAUGAUGAUGAUGAUGACGAGGAAGAGGAUGACGAUGAGGAGGAUGACGACGAUGACGAUGAUGAUGACUAAGCAAUUUAUAUGUUCUGCAAUACAUUGUUCAGCUUAACUUUUUUGUGUGGAUAAUUCCAUCAGUAUAGCCUGCUGUCCCUGUUGGUCUGCCUCUGUAGGAUACCAGACCUGGAUUCCUUUUCAAAUUCAGGGAUUUAGAUUUUAUUUUGUCACUUAGGCCCCACAUUUUUUAUUUUAAACAGUUUUUCUGCUGAACUCAAGUUUGUUACGUCUUGGAUUCUCAUUGCUAUCUAAACAGGCAGCUAGAAUGAAUUCCUGUGAAAAUACAAUGGACUAACUCCUGUACAAGCAGUGGACAGCAGCAAAUCGGUUUUAAAAAAUGUAUUGUUUCUGGAAGCACUGCUUAUGUUUUUGGUUUAGUGGUGCUGUUUCUUCACUGUCAUUUUACUACCAGAGUUAUCUGUAGUUUGAUUAAAAAUGUCUGAAGCCAUUUUUAAAGUGGAGUUUUGAAAACUUUCAUGUAGAACGAACACUUUUUGUAAUAAAAUUUUGUAUAUUA